AUGGCCACCGGCGCUUGCGUCGGCGGGGGCGUCAAGGUCGUGGCCGCCUGCGACAUACGGUGCUGCUCCAAAGACGUCAUGUUUGUGCUCAAGGAGGUGGACAUGGUCAUCGUCGCCGACCUCGGCGCGCUGCAACAGCUUCCGCGGAUUGUCGGGUAUGGGAACGCCGCUGACCUUGCGCUCACCGGCCGCAGGAUCAAUGCCAUGGAGGCCAAGGAGAUGGGGCUGAUCUGGGCGGCGGGCGACGUGCCAACGGCGGUCUCCUCGGAGUUCGGCCGGCGGCGUGCAGGCGGCAAGCGAGCGGCCGAUGUGCUGGCGGCGGGCGGGCGGCAUGCAAGCGGCGUGCCGGCGACGGGCAGGCGGCCGAGCGAGGGCGUUCCCGAGGAGCAGGUGGCCGACGGUGUUUGCGGGGGGAGCACGUGGACGGCGGCCGACGACAUUCACGGGGGAACACGUGGACGGCGGCCGACGCAGCGUCCGCAGGGGAGAACGCGACCGGCGGUGUCUAUGGGGGAAUCCCAGUGGCCGGCGGAGGAGGAGCAGGCUGGCGGGUGA